UUAAAAACUUGCUGAGCUUUCGUCUUCGUACUCCAGCCACUCACUCACCCACCGGCACGCCGUGGUUUUGCGGGUCGUUUGAUCAAACAAUGGAGUCGAAGUCGAUCACGUGGGAUUUGGUGAUCGGCAUUGCGACGGGGUUCGCAUUGGGAUUGUUGGUGGGAAUGGUCGCGCUCUGCUGCGCCAGAAUCCGUCGGAGGAGGUGUAGGCGGAUACAAUCACAGAAGUCCAUUUCGGCCCAGAAAGACACGGCGGCAGCCGCAGUCGCAGGCAAAGGAGUGAGUAACGGUGGCGCUGACUCCUCCAGCAGCACCCCCACCGUCUCCGAGCUCUCGAAGUUCGGACAGGACUCCCCCAGGAAUUCGGAGUGGAACAACAUGCCCAUGUGGCUGGAGGGACUCCGGCGGAAGAGCCUCGUGUCCGCUUGCGGUAUUCCCAAGUAUUCUUUUAGAGAUAUACAAGAGGCAACUUCUAACUUCACAACAACGAUUGGGCAAGGAGCUUUUGGACCGGUUUACAAAGCCCAAAUGAGCACUGGUGACACUUUUGCCGUCAAAGUUCUUGCUUCAAAUUCCACCCAAGGCCAGAGCGAGUUUUUGACUGAGGUUCUGUUGCUUGGAAGACUACACCACAAGAACCUUGUCAACUUGGUCGGAUAUAUUGCAGAAGUUGAGCAACAUAUGCUUCUUUAUAAGUACAUGAGCAACGGCAGUCUGUUUUCUCAUUUGCAUGAUGAGAAUCAGAAGCCAUUGAGCUGGGAUUUGAGAGUUGACAUAGCUCUUGACAUUGCAAGGGGAUUGGAAUACCUGCAUUAUGGGGCCGUUCCUCCCGUUGUGCAUCGCGACAUCAAGUCUUCGAACAUACUGCUUGAUCGGUUGAUGAGGGCUAGGGUUGCUGAUUUCGGGCUUUCAAGACAAGAAAAUAACGAAACUCGUUCGUCAAAUAUCAGGGGGACAUUGGGAUAUGUCGAUCCUGAGUAUGUGUUGACGAAGAUGUAUACGAAGAAAUGCGAUGUUUAUAGUUUUGGAGUGCUGCUCUUUGAACUUAUUACGGGCAGGAAUCCGCAGCAAGGUCUCAUGGAAUAUGUGGAACUUGCUGCUAUUGACACGGAGGAUAAACUGCGGUGGCAAGAGAUUGUGGAUCCCCGCCUUGAUGGAAAUUUCAACGCAGAACAACUCUCUAACGUUUCUGACCUUGCGUACAAAUGCGUGAUUAGUGUCUCCAGGAACCGGCCUUCGAUGAGGGACACUGUACAGACAUUAUCGUUGAUUUUGACGAAGAGGCAUAACACGGGGAACUACACGCAUUGCUCAACUCCUGCAACCGAAGAAACUUUCAUUGAAAUAGAUCUGCUGGAGAAUGAAGAUGUUUUGAUUGAACGUUGAGGGGGACAAGUUGUUACCAAACUCAUAACCUCAAGUCUUAAAAUUGUACAUCGAACUUGUUCAUGCUUAUUCUUC